AAAACAAAAAUUCUGUUUUCUAAUGCACAAUUAAUAUAUGGCUGCUGAAGAAGUACUACUCCUCAAGCUCUUUGAUACUUAUUGGUUUGAACAAGAAAUAUUAUUUACCAACACACAUAAAUUCAAGAAACUAUUUCAAGAAAAUCCUCAUGAAAUUCAAGAAUCAUCAAAUCUCUUAGGUCGAUCACAAAGUGAUUACUCUUCAAAAAUAUCGUCAGAUGCAUGUCAGAUACUUCAAAAGCAGAACAUUUUUGAAGGAUCAGAUACAAGUCCGAGUUUUAGUAGUCAACUUGGGAACUCUCCAACUUCUGUUAUUAUCACACAUAACAGAGUUGCACAAGAAGUAAAAAUGAAGGCUAGAAAAGGAGUUAAGGGAAUUAUUCGAAUUCGGAGAAGCUCAUCGGAGCUUGAACUUGAGGAAUUAAAGGGGUUUAUGGAUUUGGGAUUUGAGUUUAGUGAAGAAGAUAAGAAUUCAAGUUUGGUUACAAUUGUUCCUGGAUUGGAGAAAUGGGGAAUUGUUGAUGAAAAAAUUGAAAAUAAAAAGGAUAUUGUUCAUAAAAGGCCUUAUCUUUCUGAAGCAUGGGAGAUUCUUGAAAAAAGAAAAAUGAGUAAAAAAUUGUUGAAAUGGAGAUUUCCAGCUAUGAAUAAUGAUAUGAAUAUGAAACAUAAUCUUAGAUUUUGGGCUCAAACUGUUGCAUCAACUUUCAAAUGAAAA